AUGUUGGCACCUUUAACAGCAUCAUUGAACACAAAUGAAGAUGAUUUAACUCAGGCUGCCUUCAGACCUACAUUGGACUCUAGCAGUUAUGACAUUAUCCCCAUCUCUGACUGGAUUCUUCCAGCUCUUCAGUCUGCCUGUGGGUUCUCUGGAGACCUGAGUUCUGAGUACACAGCCGAAUUCAUCUCAUCUGGUUUGCUGCCUGAGCAGAUAAAAAUGAGCAACUAUAACCCAUCCAGUCUCCUACAGCAAGCCUUUCAGAGCCUUCUGGGGAAUGAAGACUUGGCCAUCUCUUCCCUGAGGAGCCUGCCUGCAGAGCUCUUCCCGUGUCUGUUUCUGGAAGCUUACACUCACAGACUGUGGGAGACCCUGAAGGCUCUAGUGCAGAACUGGCCCUUUGAAAGACUCCCUCUGGGAGCCCCGGUUCAAGACGUGGUUCCUGAGAAUCCAAGUAUCAAAGCUGUGAUGGAUGGAAUUGAUAUCCUGCUCAAACAGGAUGUUUCCCCCAGGUGUAAGCUGCAGGUGCUGGAUUUGCGAAACACCGGGCAUAAGUUCUGGAGUGUGUGGACUGGAGUCAGCUUCCGAGUGGACUCACAAAGGAGGAAACUGGUGGCUGAGGGAGCUUCAAGGAAUGAGGAUGGUGUGCCCUGCUUAGAGGUGUGUGUAGACCUCUACCUCAGUCAGAAACCCGCAGAUCAGACCUUCACAUACCUGCUGAACUGGAUCCAGGAAAGAAAAGGGGUGUAUCUCAGCUGUAAGAAGGUGACAGUAUAUUCCCUGCCCAGCAAAAAUGACAGGUUUCUGCAUGCCAUGCCAUUGUGUGGUAUCCAGGAGGUGGAAGUACACUGCACCUGGCCAUUCUCAGGCCUGCACAUGUUUAGUCAACUUCUGGGCAAGAUGAAAAGCCUCCGGAGACUCAGUCUCGACAUCACUGUUCCUAAUGCCGUCACCCCAGAAGAGGAGGAGAAAUGGGCACAGUCUAUCAACCAAUUUGCUUCGGUGUUCCUGCACUUACGCCAUCUACAAGAGCUGUACCUGGAAUCUCCCUCAUUCCUGCAGGGCCAUCUGGACCAGGUGUUCAGGUUCCUUAACACCCCAUUGGAGGUCUUCUCACUCACUAACUGCACACUUACAGAAAGAGACUUGAUUCACCUGUUCCAGAGCCCACACAUCACUCACCUGAAGGACCUGUGUCUGAGGGGAGUCCCCUUGACCUCUGUCAGUGAGCCCCUGCGAGCUCUGCUGGAGAUAAAUGCAGCCACCCUCCAGCGCCUGGACCUGGGUCUGUGUGGCCUCCAGGACCCCCAGCUUGAAGCCCUGCUCCCUGCCCUGAGCAGCUGCUCCCAGCUCAGCUCCCUCAGCCUGCAUGGGAACCGCCUGUCCAUGGACACCCUGGAGAAGCUGCUGUGCUGCACCUCAGGGCUGCAGCAUUUAUGUCUCCAGCUGUUUCCUGCCCCUCUGGAGACUUUCACCCCCCCAGGGAGCUCUCCAUCCUGGGGCAUUUAA